CGUAUCAUUUUGCUUUUCUCGGUGUCUAUUCUAUAAGCAUUAAAAGAAUAUUUCUUUUUUUGUCAAGACUUCGUGGAUGUUUUGGUUGUCCACGAAUAACAUGAUGUUGCACUACUACAAAACAAUUUCGUAUAAUAGAUCUCCAGUUGUCAAUUAUUAUCCUAAUGCAAGUAUAAAUUACUAUUGAAACACUCAAGGGCAUGGUAUGUGGCUUCAAAACCGGAAACACUGUUGCUAAUUAACACAACUCUCAACUCAACAAACUUUGCAAAGCCAACCACUUCCCCAUUACCAUUUCCGCGUCCAGUCCAUAAAAAUCAUUGCAAAGUGACUGAUUUAUCGUGUGUAAAGCAGUGGGCAUUCUCAUUGCAUAAUCGAUGUAGAAAGAAUAUAUUAAUAUGUUAUUGCUUCGAGUAGGUACGUAGUGGUUAACUAAUUAUUCAUUCUUCAUCAUUUUACUUUUAUCUUAAGCAUUUCAAUUAUGCCUACAUUUAUGGAGCGUUGGUUUACCCAUAAAAAAAUUAACUUCUACCAUAUUGAUUACUAACCAGAAAUUUAAUGGAUUUAUAUGGUCAGCUCAACAUUAAUCAUUAAAUGAGCUAGGAAGACAAGCUUGGUAUCAAAACAUGAAAUUUGACUGAGCCAAGAGGGGGAAAAACUAAGUAUGAAAACAAUACAGACUUGGUAGCUAGCCGAGAGGGCCGGCUUGGUACCAAAACAUGAAAUUUGGUUAAGUAUGCUAUCAAGGGGGUAGCAAGGUGACAAGGUGGCUAGCUGAGGUGGCCACCCAACCAGAUACCAAACCGUCAUGGACAAUACCUAGAUUCCCAAGACUAAGUGUGUAAUCUUGGAGUUCGGGGUUGGUCAGCUAGGAUUUUGAGCUGAUAAGCUGCCAAUUUGAUGAGGACUUGGUGUAGAACACCUUAGAGGCCAAACCUGUGUGACCAUUUUGGUGGAGGGCCCCUUAGAAGAUCAAAAUGAUUACAUAAAUAUCAUGAUAUAACAAAAUAACUAUUACGUGUCUUUUCAUCCAUAUUACCAUCCAAAAUAGUAUGUUAGCUUGCUUUGUAUAAAAGAGAAUUUUUCGAAUUGUUUAGGUGUCUGGUAUUUCUUAUUAUUUUUGUACUUUGUCAACAAGCUAAUUGGUUAUUUUGGAUGAAAAUAUGGCUAAAAAGAGUAGAAAUGAUGAUUUUGUUAUAUCAUUAUAUGUAUAUGACAAUUUUGUACGUUUAAAAUGUUUGUGACCAUUUUGUUACAAGCUCUAACUUGUGUGACCAUUUUAAUCAAUUACUCAUAAAGAAGUGAGGAUAUCCAUAAAGUUUAACUACUACUUAAUUUAUUUCAGUAAUUCAUGUUAUCAACUCAUGAAGUUACAUGCAUUGUUUAUUUUUCAUUUGCUGGAUGGUAAUUUGGAUUGUUUAUUUUUUCGUGUUGUUGGAUGAUAAUUUGGAUGGUUUAUUUAGAAUGUUUCAUGUGUGUUUCCAUAUUUUCUUAGCCUCUUAAAGUCCAAAUAUUGUUGGCCAUUAAGUAACACGGGUCUUACUGGAUAACACGCGUCUUAAUGUGGUUAGUGAUUAUGCGGUUAGCAUAUUCACCCUUAAUACAUGUGGUGCAAGAAGCAGGACAAAGUGCAACAUCAUGUUAUUCGUGGACAACCAAAUUCGUUUUUGGGGUGCCUUUAUUAACUGCGGUGCAAGAAGCAGGACAAAGUGUCUAAGUCCUCGACGGACGCCGAAUAUCGGGCUAUGUCCGAUGUAGGUUCCGAGUUGGUAUGGUUACAGCGGCUACUGGCGGUGCAGUGUAGUUCUCCGCUCACGAUGUAUGUGGGCAAUACGAGUACGAUACAGAUUGCGGCCAAUCCAGUACUCCAUGAUCGUACGAAACAUAUUGAGAUUCAUGUCCACUACAUUCUAGAUUUUGUCCGCGACGGGGUUGUUCGACUUAAGUAUGUGAUCUCCGAAGACCAGCUGGCGGACUUGUUUACGAAGCCAUUCUCUCGUGCUCGCCAUUGGUUCCUCUCUGACAAAUUGAUGCUACGGAGUAGUCAUCAUUUGGGGGGGGGGGGGGUUGUUAGCGGAUUUGGGUUUGGUCAGUGUGGCCCAUGUAUGUAGUAUUGGUUUGUAGCCCAGUAGAGCCCUAGCCGACGUAUGUAGAGGGCUAGAAGAGGAGAAGUUUGUAUAAAUUGAUUUUGUAACCUACCAACGUCACACUACGAAAAAAACCUAAUAUUCUCAGCUCGGAGAGGUAAAACUCUCCCGUGGACUAGUCCCGUUAUCGGGGAAACCACGUAAAUCUGUUUGUCGUUUAUUUGUUCAGUUUAGCAAAUUCAACAAAGUCAUCAAGUGGCCAACAACAUUAUAGUAUUGUGCAUGUAUGAAGCAAGAGUUCACACGUGUGCUGGGCUUGAAUGAUGAAAGAUGUAAUGACCUCCUCCUUCAUUGUUCAAAAGUGAAUGUUACAUUUCCAUUUUAGUAUUAUUAUUAUUACAUGCCAUUGAAGUGAAACAUCAAUAUUCAAUAGUAGUAUUGGAAUUAUCGUGUUGAUUAGGAUGCUUUUUCCGUCAACAAAACCCCUGAUAAUCCACAUUAAUGUCCACUACAUUUUUUUUUUACAUACUAUCAAAUCAUACUAAACAACAGACAAAAUUAGUCGCGCAACUACCCGCAAAUUGUCCAUGAUGUUUGCAUGCUUUGAACCUUUUUAUACGAGAGUAUUAUUAUUCAUAAUCAUUUCAUGUACGAAACGUUAAAAUACUUACAGAAACUUUCUCAUCCAGUAACUAUGAAUGGAAAGACACGCAUACUAUAAUCCGCAAAGAAUUAAAACCCAUAUCCGUGCUAGGUCGUGUAGCAGUAAGUAACACUAACAGAAUCGGAAAAAACAACUGUAAUCAAAGGAAAUUGCAGACAUUCUGAUCUGUUGCCCUGAAAAAAAAUCCAUCCAUCCUCUGCCAAAAAUUUACCGACCCUUGUCAUUCACGUCUCUGCCCUCUUUUUGGUGCUCUCUCUUUUUUUCCUUUUGUCUCCAUGUCUGUCUGUCUGUCUGUCUGUCUGUCGUCUCUCUCCCGUAGCUUUUAGACACUUUAGACGGAGGGAAUUGAUGGCCAUUGUUGGAUGGAGAAGAUAGGAGGACUAGCUAGAAGAAAAUGGCGGAGCAAUGAGGUUGACUCCUGUCCACCUCAACCACGGAUAGAGAGAGAGAAAGGUGUGGAAGGAAACAUGGCUAAACGUAGCGUUUGGGUCCCCUUCUGGUCCCCAAAUUUCCCCACAACUAACUCCUUACCUACAUCAUUUCAUUUCAUUCCUUGCCUUACUCCUUGCUUGUUCAAAUAGUUGAUUCACGUUCCAACAAUCUCAUUCAUCAACUUUACCUCGAUCGGUUCGUGUCCUCAUUUGGUGCUUGGGUUAAUGAUGAUAAUGUCUAUCUUGAACAGUGGGCGGAGUCUUAAAUCUCGUUGUUGGGUGUUGCAAUUCGUCGCUCAAGGAAAUCAAACUAUGAUGACGUAUCAGGAAGGUAAAGUCUUACACUAUGUUUGGGAAGGGGUGUAAAUGGAAGGGGUGUAAGUUUGGGGGGUAAACACAAGUUCCAAGGUGUUUAUCCCCGUUUGGUUAUUUUGUAACAGUAGGGAGGUGCAAAACGUGAGCGUAAAUUCACUGUUUCGGCUUACCCCCCAAAUUGGGGUGCAAGGGAAGGGGGAGGAGGGGAAUUAUGAAUUUUUAAUUAGAUUAUAAUUACAUAAUAAUUAAUAUUAUUAAUUUUUUCUUAUAUCUAUAUUAGUGUAGAAGUUGUUUGGGGUUGACCGUUUGACUCAGAGAGCAAGUUUGUCAAUGUUCGCCUAGUCAAAUCGAUAUCUCUUAGUUGACCCGAAGUUGCAUUGAAAAUUAGAGAUAAGAAGCGUUUGUUGAAAAAAUAGAGAGGAACAGUUUAGUUAACUCGAAUUACUUUAAUAAGUAGUUAAAACUUAC